AUGUUACGUUCCCUAACGCUUGUUGGAGCUGCAGCACUCUUCUUUAAAUUGGAUGCCGAUGCAGCCGCUACGGACAGUCCAGUGGUGCAGGCUGGGAUGGUGGUCGGGCAGCUCCGGGUAGCCCCCGCGAGCGGCCGAAACGCAUUAAUCGGCAUUGGGAAUGACGUAGAUCAGUUCCAAAUGGGUAUUGACAGCUCUGGCAGUUUCAUCAUUGCAAGUCCAAGAUCAACCAUACUUAGUGUUGACGAUGAAGACACUAUGCACAUCCAUGCUAACCUUUCCACGAGCUCUCUUGAUUUGCAAGGGCCACUAACAGUCCGCGGAGUUCCCCAGUUCCGCACGACGCAUCGUGAAGACUUCACUUCAGGGAGUGCCGAGGGAUGGGAUAACCCAGCGUCUCAUGAAAUUGUUUCGUCGUGCGCUGGCAUAUCCAUGCUCGGAGGUUAUGGGAAGUUUGCAAAGGGAGAAAUAAGCAAGGUUUUUAAGCAAUUACCGCCCCAUAACGAGCUGCGUGUCAAAGCCGUAUUCCACUUCAUUGAUGCAUGGGUCGGAGAGACAGGCUUUAUGCGCCUAGACACGGGGGCGGAUGGGGGUCUCGCAUACGCAUGGACUGAACGACACUCUCAAGACUUUGAGCAGAAUGCAGUCAACGCUUGUGGCGGACCCGUUGGGGAGGGCAAGUUCUCCACGCCCAUAGAAGUCGUUGUUCCACAUGACAAGGAUUCUGUGACAGUUUCUUUUGGGAGCACGAUUGAAACGGACGACCCCUUCGAUCAGAGCUGGGGAGUUUCUGCCAUUGAAAUUGCUGUUCGCUAG